UACCAAAGCCAAUUACACCCCACCCUCCUAUCUCUUUUUCUCUUGUGUCACGUCUAUUUGAUCAGUCUCUGUUUUUUACAGUUUCAAGAAUUGAAGGGUUUUUCUUCAGGUGCAGUAUUUUAGAAAGAUGGAUUCAGGGGAUGGGUCGUCUGUUCCGAGGAGGAGGACUAGACAACAGUUUCUGAAAUAUUGUGUUGAGUUUAUUGAGAAGAGGAACAAGUUGAAUAAAAGAGGUAAUACUACUCACUCUUCUACUACUACUUGUGUGAAUAUUGAAGAGGAUGAUCAUGUGAGGAAAAAGAGAAUGAAGGUGGAAGAAAAAAACACAUCUUGUGGUGGGAGUAUGGUGAGAAGUUUGGGAAAAGGAAAAAAGAAGGUGGACAGUGGUAAGAGGAAGUUAAGUCCAGGAACUUGUGAGUCUGUCAUGAAAAGGCCUUCGGAAAUAUCUGAUUCUGAUGAUGACGAUGACAAUGGUGAUAAAGAUGAUUUGGAGAAGGAUUCUGAUGUUGUUUUUAUUAGGGAUGAUGCUGCAGACUGUAUUGUAAAUAGUGGAUCAGGUUCAGGGUCUUUGUCCAAUGUGGGUUCUGUUGGGUUAAGGAGUGGUAUGUUGAAUGAAGCAGAUGAUGUUAUUUCAUCUACUUCGAGCAUGUGUAGGACUUCGGGUCCUAGUGGGUCGCGUAAAUCAGAGGAGCAGGUUGAUAUUGAGAAAUCAGAGGAGCUUGUUGAUCCUUUAAAAUCACAACAAGAGUUUAGUGAUACAACUGAUUCUUCUGAGUCAGAAUCUGAAGCUUCAAGUGAUGAGGAUAAUGAUCGCCCCGAAGACAAGGAUUACCGGGUGCAUGAAUCAUCAACAUCAAGUGAUUCUGAUGAUGACAAUGAUGGAGUAAAGGCAUCAGAAAAGGAUUAUGAUGAUAUGACAAGUGGUUCUGAUGAUGACUAUGAUGGAAGAAAGGUAUCAGAAGAUGAUGUUCUUGAUCUGAAUUGUGUUGCAGAACAGAACAAUGAAAAGGGAAAAGGAUCUGAUUAUAUCAGAAGUGGUUUUGAUAAUGACUAUGAUGGAAGAAUGGAAUCAGAAGAUGAUGAUUUGAGCUGUUCUACUAAGCAGAAAUCCAAGGAAGAAGGGAAAAAGGAGUCAAAUGGGAGGCUAGUACCUCAGCUUGCUGUUGCGAAUGAAAAGCACAGACGUCGAGCAUAUCUUCUUCGGCCACGCUCACUAUCCAAGUCCAAAAAGAAAAUGUUAGACCGUGGAAGUUGUAGUAGACCCGUUGUUCUUAGUGAUGAUGAAGGGUCUAUAUCCUCGUCGUCUGAAGAGGCUGGUGAGUCGGUGCAAAAUGCUGUUGUUCAAAAGGAACAAAAGGAUGUUAUUCAAAAGGAUAGAAGAAUUCGGAAGAAGAUUCUUAAAGAUUCUGAAUUUCUGAGGUUCGUUGUUGAUUCUAUAAUAAAUGGCGAUAAUCCUGAUAAAAUUACUACUCCUGAAGAGAAGAAACAGGUUCCUGUCAAAGAACCACUUCCUUUGAUAUUCCGGUUUGAAGACGAGGAGCCUCUCCUCCUGGAGAAACAAGAAUGGCAAAAGGAAAUUGAAGAUCUUUUUGCUGAAAUGGACAUGUGUACCUUAGAAUCAUGUAUUGGCUUCACAAAUUCAUCUGUUUUGCCAAUGCAGGGACCAAAAGUUAGUGACUGUCAGAUGGGGAACCACCAACUUGUUCUAGAUGAACAAAUUGGACUCAUUUGUAAAGUUUGUUCACAUGUGCAUCUGGAGAUCAAGUAUAUCUUCCCUUCUUUUGCUGACAGAACCCGAGGGAGGUAUGGAAGAAAGUAUUUUGGAGAUUCAUCAUCGCUUUUGGAUGCUGGCGGCUUUAGAUAUUAUGAUUCUUCUGCAGUCGAUGAUUCUGCUAUUUAUGUGGAAGGAACUGUGUGGGAUUUAGUCCCCAUGAAUGCCAAAGCAACAAUGUACCCUCAUCAGCGUGAAGGAUUUGAGUUUAUGUGGAAGAAUAUUGCUGGAGACAUAAUCCUUGAAAAUCUCAGAGAGCCUCUAUCUGGUAGUAGGGGAGGAUGCAUAAUCUCGCAUCCACCUGGCACUGGCAAAACCCGUCUGACCAUAGUCUUUCUUCAGGCAUUUCUGAAGCAGUUCCCAAAGUGUCGGCCUGUGAUCAUAGCUCCAGCCAAUUUGCUUCUUAACUGGGAAGCCGAGUUCAAGAAAUGGGAGGUGGACAUUCCCUUCCACAACUUGAACAACAAAGAUUUCUCUUUCGAGGAAGAUGAAGCUACUGUUAGUGUCUUCCACUGUUUAUCCCGUGCUGGAAAAAGAGAUCCACAGCUUAUACGCAUGGUGAAGCUAAGAUCCUGGGCUAAAAGUAAGAGUGUCUUGGGAAUUAGCUAUGACUUGUUCAGGAUUCUGACGGGAGAAGAUGGGGAUGGUUACGCCAAAGAGAUUAGAGAAAUACUUCUCAAAUUACCUGGUCUUCUGGUCCUUGAAGAAGGGCACACUGCUCGGAAUGAUCAAAGUCUUAUGUGGCAAGCUUUGAGCAAGGUUGAAACAGAGAAGCGUAUACUUUUGUCUGGAACUCCCUUCCAGAAUAAUAUCAAAGAGUUGUACAACACCCUCUCUGUAGUUAGUCCAAAAUUUGCUGCAGAUUUGGAGCAUAAAUGGACUUCUCUUAGCAGUUGCAUUGACAAGAAUGUCCAUGCCUUGGAAGAGCUUAGGGAUAUGAUUGCACCACUAGUUCAUCGAUGCGGUGAAAAUGUAAAGAAGGAAAGCCUUCCGGGUAUAAGGGACACUGUGAUACACUUGAAACCCACAGAUUUGCAGAAGAAGCUGCUUAAGAGAAUUCCUGAGAACCCAGGCUCCUUUUACAAACAAAAUGCGGUGUCUCUGAUCUCUGUUCACCCUUCGUUAGUGGCAAAUAGGAGUGAGUUCUCUGACUUAGAAAGCCAGUUAAAAGAAAGAGGAUGCCGAUUGGAUCCAAAUGCUGGAGUAAAAAUGAAAUUUGCUGUUGAACUGAUCAGACUUUGUGAUGGCUUGAAUGAGAGGGUUAUAAUAUUCAGCCAGUUACUUGAUCCUCUAAAGCUGAUCAAGGAGCAGCUUAAUUCUCUCUUCAACUGGACUAUAGGCCGAGAGAUUCUCUAUAUGGAUGGUAAACUUGAUGUAAAGCAGAGGCAAAUAUCAAUAAACUCUCUGAAUGACCCUAAGAGUGAUGUAAAAGUGCUUCUUGCAUCAAUAAAAGCAUGUUCAGAAGGGAUAAGUCUUGUAGGGGCUUCAAGAGUGGUUUUGCUUGACGUUCUCUGGAAUCCCUCAGUAGAGCAGCAAGCCAUCAGUCGAGCUUACAGGAAUGGGCAGACUAGAGUUGUGCAUGUUUACUGUCCAGUGAUAUCAAAAUGGGAGGUUGACAAGAUCCAACAACAGACGAGGAAAAAGUAUCAUUCAGAUGUACUUUUGUCUAGGAAUGAAGUGAAUACUUGCCAGGUGAAUCCUUCAUAUUCUCUGUCAGAUGAUAACAUACUAGAAGCCAUGGUUCAGCAUGAGAAUCUCUGUCAUAUAUUUGAAAAACUAUCUCAUGCACCACGUGUGGUGCCUACGACAUGCUUCCCUGCACGAUGAAGAUCAGUUGGAGCAUUUUUUUGGUUGCGAAUUGAUGAAACCUGUUGGGACAUAAUUUUGAAGCCAUCCUACUGUGAGGUGCUUUAUGACAGGCUUUUUGAUGCAGUUGUACAGUUUUUGUGAAAAGAAAAGAAUGCAACAAUGUGCUGAUUCACAACUGGUUACGCUGAUUCUAUAGUUGCAGAUACGAGUUUUCAUCAACCAGAAGAUGUUCUUGUAACUGUAUAAACAUGGUUUUGCCUAUCAUUUUUUUGUUCCAGACCUGUGAAAAGUCUUUUGCUCCUUUAUCUGUGAAGCAUAUCCGUAACACCAUUGUAUUUGGCUCAAGCCUCAUGGUAUAUAUA